ACCAGGGAAAAGAGGGAAGCGUGGUAGAAAAGGAGAGGCUGGAGAUGCAGGACCACCUGGACCUAUCGGACCCCCAGGAAAACCAGGGUUUCCGGGUGCUAUCGGAAUUGACGGUCCAAAAGGAGAUCCCGGUGACAGAGGUGAUAAAGGCGAAAAGGGUGAAAGUGGUGGAGACCUAUUUACGACAACUAAGGGAACUAAGCGAUCAGUAAAUAGUCUACCAAGUGGACCUGUUGAUUUUGCAGAAGUCAUCAGUGUAAAGGGUUUGGAAAGCUUAGGCCUGACUAUUGCACCAGGUGAUUUGCUAUUACUAAAAGGAGAUCCUGGAGUGCCUGGACCCCCGGGCCCACCUGGUCCUCCUGGACCUACUGGAUUACCUGGAUUUGAUGGUAGAGUUGGAUUACCUGGGGAACCUGGACCACCUGGAGAACUGGGUUCAUCUGGACCACCUGGCCCUGUGGGCCCAAUGGGUAAAGAUGGACUUCCUGGACCAAAGGGUGAUAAAGGAGAACGUGGUUUUAUGGGAGCUCCAGGCCUUCCCGGCAUGCCCGGGAAACCAGGAUAUUUAGGAUUACCAGGAUCCAAAGGCGACAGAGGAGAGAAAGGUGAUAAAGGUGACAGAGGACUCACGACAACCCUUGACGGCAAUGCUUUCCCAACCGGAUUUAUUGAAGGCCCUCCCGGUCCUCCUGGGCCUCCCGGACCCGCUGGCCCACCUGGGCGCAAAGGUAAAAGAGGCCUUCCAGGCCAAGAUGCUCUACCAGGCAUUCCCGGAGAAAAAGGUGAACCCGGAAAAACAGGUGUGAAAGGAGAAAAGGGAGACAAAGGAUCUCCAGGAGUUCAAGGUGACCGAGGUUUACCUGGAGUUCCUGGAUUUAAUGGGUCAGCCGGAAACGACGGAAUACAAGGUCCACCUGGUUUGCCUGGAAUUCCUGGUACUAGAGGUGAUAAAGGAGAACGAGGCGAUCUAGGAGCUCCCGGAUUAAUGGGACCACCUGGACUUCCCGGACCUCCAGGACGCUUGGGGUUGAAAGGAGACAAAGGAAUUAAAGGUGACAUAAUGCCUCUCCGUUACUGGAAGCAGGGUGUAAGUGCAUUUGACCGGAACACUUUUGCUGGGCCUCCUGGACCUCCCGGACCGGCUGGACCAGCAGGUGUGCAAGGUGCACCCGGUGUCAAAGGAGAUCGUGGAUUGGAUGGGCAAAAAGGCGAACCAGGUGAUCCAGGUGAGAAGGGAAGCUCCGGCCCUAUGGGACUUCCAGGUCCAAGAGGUCUUCCAGGCGUUGCUGGAAAAAAUGGAAGAGAUGGUACAUCUGGAUUAAUAGGCCCACCGGGAUUGGACGGCAUGAAGGGAGAAAGAGGGGAUCAGGGACGUAAAGGUGACAAAGGAGAACCAGGAUUACCAGGAACUGAUGGAAUUCCAGGAUUACCGGGACCGAAGGGUGAAAAAGGAGAACUGGGACCACCAGGCCUAAGAGGCAAAAGGGGCAAACGUGGCGAAAAAGGAGAAAAAGGAGAUCAAGGAGUGCCGGGAUUAGAUGCCCCAUGCCCCCUGGGCCCUGAUGGUUUGCCGCUCCCUGGAUGUGGUUGGAGGCCCCCGCCCGGAGGGGGACCAAUCCCACCCGGAGCAUAUCCUCCUGGACCUUACCCUACGGGACCCGAUGUCUAAAUGGUUCAACAUGUACUCAGGAGCUCCACACUGCCACCGAGAAAGGAGAGAGCAAGCGCUUACCUCAGCAAGGAAGGAAUCGUCAGCAUUCAAGUCGUCAAUAAUGCACCGUGUCGGAGAAAACUGUCAGAUGCACCGAACAUAUUUCACACUUUAUGUUGAAGUUUUCGUCAACUUUUUCAUCACUGAAGAAAAUAACAUAAGAAUGCCACAUUACAGAAAAUGGAGCCAUAAUUUCAAGUUUGGUUUGAUUGAAAAAGAAUCUUACAUGUAUCAUAAAUUACUCAAUCAAUGUAGCGGCACUCGUUUAAGUUAUUGAACAUUAAUUUCGUUGCAUUGUGUACUGAAAAAAUAACAAUAAUUUUCUGAACAUUUAAAAAAUCUUGAAGAAGCAUGUAUGUGCCAUAUACACAGCCAUGAGUUUCAAGAUUGUCACAUAUCGAUUUUUCAAGGACUUGAUCAGUUUUGAAUUUCACAUAUCGAUGGAUUAUGGUUCUAAAUAAGGCAUUUCAUUACCAUUUACGAAAAAUGGUAGAUUUGAGAAUUGAUUAUCUGUGAAAAUGGUUGUUCUAAAUGUCAAGAACAAUUUUUUCAUCAAGAUUGAUUAUGAACUCAAGUCUUAUCAGUAAUGAGCAUAUCAACAGUUCAGUGAUUAUCUUUUAUGCUGUUUGAAUACUGUUACUAAAUCAAUCAGAAUUAACUUUUUUCUUCAUACCUACCAGAGAUCUGUUUACAUUGAGUAGAAUGAGUGGUUUGUAACUGAACAUUUUGGAGAUAAUCACAAAAAAAAAAGCAAUUGUGUAAGCAUUCAUUAAAUUAUCCAUG